AUGAAGAGCAAAGCUUCUGUUUUCUUGAAACAGAUAAUGUCGUUGUUGAGUUCUAUUGCAAAGGCCAAGUCUUUGGCUAUUAAGAGCAAAGCAGGCGCGCUUAAAACGCGAGCUAUUAUGUUCUCUCUAAUGAGGAGCAAGAAGGUUCUGGUGGGUUCAAUUUCAAACAAGAUUCAUAGUAUUCUUGGUCAGCCUGACAAGAAAAGCGAAGACGACGACAGUGAGGACCAGAACAAGGCCAUAGUUCUCUACUGCAAUGCCAUGGCGAAUGAGUCACUUUCGAAUUGCUCACAGAUGGCAGCCAGGGAUGACGGUCAAACUAACAAUUAUUAUUACUAUGAUGAUGAUGAUAAGUACCCGGAUCUUACGCAUUCGCUAUUUGAAGAAGAGAACUUUGAUGAUCCAGGUGGUUCUAUCAUUGAUUUGGUGAAGAAUUCCAAGGACCAUGGAGAAGAUUUCAGCUUGGAAGAUGAGAUUGAUCAUGUUGCAGACUUGUUCAUCAUGAGGUUUCACAAGCAGAUGCGUUUGCAGAAGCUGGAGUCGUUCAAGAGGUAUCGAGAGAUGCUUGAGAGAAGUGUUUAA